AUGGCGCGUGUACCGGUUAUUGGGAGGCUGUUCUGGUUUGAGUAUUUGGCGCUGUUUGGGUCGCUGAUCUUGGUGUUGCUGGAAUGGGUCAUACAUAUUAUCACUUUUUGUCUGCCUGAACCUGUCAUUCGGUUCUGCUACGAUCGUUCGAAGACAAUCUUCAACCUCCUGAUACCUCCCGGGGAGGAGCUCGAUGAGCGUGAGAAUGAAGAGAAGGUCGCUGCGGCCGUGGCGCAGGCGUCCGAUUUCACGGACAUUUGCGCUUUGUUCGGAUACCAGGCGGAGGAGCACAUCGUUCAGACUGGAGACGGCUACUUGCUCGGCCUCCACCGCCUCUCCUCUCGCAAGGGCGAGGAAGGGAAACGGAUCAACCAGGGUGAAGGAAGCAUCAAGAAGAAGGUUGUCUACCUUCACCAUGGGCUGAUGAUGUGCAGUGAGGUUUGGGUCUGCCUGUCCGAGGAACAGCGAUGCCUGCCUUUUCAACUGGUAGAGCGCGGCUACGAUGUGUGGCUUGGGAAUAAUCGCGGCAACAAGUACUCCAAGAAGUCCAUCAAGCACUCUCCGUUGACGAACGAGUUCUGGGACUUCUCCAUCGACCAAUUCUCCUUUCAUGAUAUCCCCGACAGCAUCCGAUACAUUCUUGACGUGACGGAGCAGCCCUCCUUGUCAUAUGUUGGUUUCUCGCAAGGCACGGCGCAGGCCUUCGCGACUCUCUCCAUCCAUCCGCUCCUGAACCAGAAGAUUGAUGUCUUCGUGGCUCUCGCGCCCGCGAUGGCCCCAACAGGCCUGCCGAACCACGUAGUAGACUCGUUGAUGAAGGCCUCGCCUAACUUCCUGUUCCUCCUGUUCGGCAGACGCAGCAUCCUCAGCUCCACUACUAUGUGGCAGACCAUUCUUUACCCCCCGAUUUUCGUUUGGAUCAUUGACACGUCACUCCGCGGCCUCUUCAACUGGAGAUGCAAGAAUAUCAGUCGCUGGCAGAAGCUCGCGGGGUACCUGCACCUGUUCUCUUUUACAAGCACCAAGUCGGUGGUGCACUGGUUCCAGAUCAUCCGACACCGGAAUUUCCAGUUCUACGACGAUGAGAUCCACGCUCCGCUGAGUAUUGUGGCCAGCGAGCGUUUCUACAAGCCGGCCAAGUACCCGACCAAGAACAUCAAAACCCCUAUCGUCCUGCUGUACGGCGGAAGUGACAGCCUGGUCGACAUCAACGUCAUGCUAUCCGAGCUACCCAGCGGGACCGUGGCCAAGGAGAUCCCGGAGUACGAGCAUCUGGACUUCCUAUGGGCCCAUGAUGUGAACCGACGAGUGUUCAGCCAUGUGUUUGACGCACUGGACAAGUACAGCCGCAAGGGGAAGGAACAAGUCAAUGGCGUCAAGGAGGUGGCAGGAUCCGACUACUAAGGUUUUGUGAUAUGCCUGUUCUGUUGCAGCUUUGACUCGAUCAGGCAGGGUCACAUUUAGACGGGAGAGA